ACAGAAAUUCUCAAUGAAACAAUCUUGUUUCCAGCUCAUCCAGACAAUAGCAUUGCAUAUCCUGAUUGUUCACCACGCGGUUUAAUAAGAGAAAGUUUGAUUAACAAGGACACCUCAAAACAUGGUGAAAGUCGCUAUCUGUUAUUUUUGACUGAUAAUUAUUCUUCCCUACAAAUUCUCAAGCAUUACAUAAUGAGUAGUUAUUCAAAAUCAAAUGAAUCCAAUUAUGAACCAUUUGUUCUAUUUGGCAGUAGUUUUCCUAAGGACAAAGAUUUUGCUCAAGUUUGUCGUAACAUCAGUGAAAUUAGACUGUGUAUGGAAACUGGGCGCAUGAUUAUUUUAUUAAAUUUGGAGAACUUGUAUGAGAGCCUUUAUGACCUUUUAAAUCAAUACUACAUUAAAAGUGGUCGUCAUCGUUAUGUUGAUCUUGGCUUAAGAACACAUAGAAUGAAAUGCUCUGUGCAUGAAGAUUUCAAGCUAAUAUUGAUUGCUGAGAAAAAAAAAGUUUACAAAGACUUUCCUACGCCAUUAGUGAAUCGUUUAGAAAAGCAUUUCAUUAACAAUGAAACAGUUUUGGAAGAUUGGCAGAAGAAUGUAGUUGAUGACAUAGAGAAAUGGCUUACAAGCUUUGUGACUGAUAAUGGGUUUAAGAUAGAAGAUGCUUUUGUUGGGUACAAUUCUGACACCAAAGCAGCUGUUGUCCUUCAAGCUAGUGCCAAAUUUCAAAAGUCUGACAAUACUUUUGAAAAACAAGAAAUGGUCUUUCAGCUAAGUAAGAAAUUGUUGCUACAAAUGGCUACACCAGAUGCUGUUAUCAGAGCUCUCAAAAAAAAUGUUAAAGAAAGCCUGUUUCUCAAACAAGUUUAUUUUUUUGAACAAGAACAUUCAUCACUUGGUGGACUUUUACAAAGAAUUUCAUCAGAUUUUGAAAAUAAAUUUUUAAUACAAGCAACUUCUCAUAGUCUUCCAAUGUAUCAAAGAGAAAUACACUCUCUAAAAGAUAUUUUAAACCUGGAGGAUAAACAACUUGAUAGAGUUCAUUUAGAAGCAUUUGAAACUGAGUAUGAGUUCCUGGCUAGUGUUGAUGUUGCUUUAGAAAAAGGAAAGCUGCAGCAAUUUUAUCAAAUUUUUGAAUGUGAAUUUGGACAGGACAAUGGUAACUUAAUUUCUUGCUGUCGAUACCGGCUAGUUGACAAAAUUAAAGGAAUAACUAAACAGCAGUCAUCAACUGUAUUUGUUUUAAUUGUUCACUUGCCAAGAAAAUGUGAUGAUUCAGACUUUGUUAGUUUUCAAGAAUACCCCUGGAUAUGCUAUCAUGUUGAUGAGCUUAUUCCAUCAGAAGAAUCAAAAGCUCUUCUGAGGCAAGUUAGUUGUCAGUCAAAGCCUCUUAGUCAUCUGUUUCUUGCUGAAAACUCAGAUCCAUUUUUUGGUGAAUUAUUUACUGAUAUAGAUGAUUCUUUGCAGUAUUUUCAGUUACGUCCUCUGGAUAGAGCAGCAUUGUGUCAUCCAGUCGAUCUUU